AUGUUGGUGGUGGUUAUGAUGCUAUUGUUAUUUUCUCGAGCGUGUUCUAUCGGGCUGGGCUUGGUGUAUCAGCUGGGAGAGAUCAACAAUGAAACUGUCACCAAAGCCUUGGAGCGGCUCUGCGGGUUCAUGCCAGAGAAGAUCAAACAUCCCUGCCUCGUCCUCGCAGACUUCAUUGGUCCCUUCCUGGUUGGCUUAGUGGCACAAAAGGACACGCCAGACGUGGUGUGUACAGCGAUUGGUUUGUGUAAGACAGACCCCGGGCAUGAGACGUGCAGACUGUGGAAGAAACCCAAGAUGGAUUUCAAUGUUGCUGUGGAGAUGCGGAGGAUGAUCAUGGACAGACUGAAACUCACGAGACCAGUGGACGAAGAUAUCUGCAACCUUCCGGGGAUAAAAGAAAUAUGUGACUGGGUUAAGAAAAUAUUUGGUAGUCAUGAUGCAGCAUUUGACAUAGAUUCGGAUGGUUACUCAAAUUUCGAGGCACUUCGUGGGUAUUCGUGGCGAGGCGCGGACUGUAACGAUGCCAGGGGAGACUACCAUCCAGGGGCGAGGCCAAUAAACUCCGAUAUUACGGAUGAUUCCAACUGCAAUGGAAUAUACGGUUCCGAUCCCGCCAGCACUAGGCCGUACGAAGAAGUAUUUUGUGAGGGAACAGAACCACGCGGAGUUGUCGUUCUUGGCGAUUCCAUCAGCGCUCACUUCCAUCUUCCCGAGGAGUGGCUAGAUUCCAGAAAACUCUCUAAGAAAGUCUUCCAACAUUUGCCGUUUAUCAUAGAAAAUGAAAUUGAUUGGCCAGAACUUUCUUCCAUCACAGGUUUUGCCAAUAACAGCUGGCCGGAAGUCAUCCAGGGUCCAAUGGAUUCCAUCUACAAGCGGAUGUUCGAGCGGAAUCGCUGUAACCAUAGAGAUUACCAAAACAUUGCAGUUAACGGUGCCAGGAGCAGCUCAAUGGCAGACACAAUCAUGUAUAGCCUCAAGAGAAACGGCGAGAAAGAUUAUCCUGUUUUUGUGUUCUACGCGCUGGUUGGCAACGACGUAUGUAACGGACACCCAGACACAUUUGCUCACAUGACGACACCACAGAAGAUGCACGACAAUGCAAUACAAACAAUGAAGUACUUGGAUAAGUUACUUCCCAACGGAAGUUAUGUAAUGAUGUCUGGACUUGCUGAUGGGCGUGUCUUAUACAACAGUCUCCAUGAUAGAAUACAUCCUAUUGGUCGGCUGAACAAUGACGUCACAUACCCCACCGUUUACGAUUACCUGAAUUGCUUAGAGGUUUCUCCGUGUACUGGCUGGAUGAACAAAAAUGAAACAGUCCGAAAUCUGACCACAGCUAGAGCACUUGAAUUGAGUAACGUGUUAAAAGAUAUCGCUGCUAAUAACGCGUCCAUGUUUCCUAACAUCCAUCUGUACUACUCCGACUUCUUCUACCAUACAGUGUUUGAAUACUGGGAAAAGAAAGGAGGCCAGCCUUGGCAACUCAUAGAACCAGUCGAUGGUUUCCAUAGUAACCAGCUAGGACAAUCGAUAACCGCACAGAUUAUCUGGGACAAUUUAGAGCAACUUUUCCCAGAAAUCCUGGGCAAAGUUAACCCUAACAACGAUAAGAUCAGGAGUACGUUUGGCGACCAGGGCGGUUAUAGGCCCUAA